UGUCCUGUGAAGCCAUGGCCUCCAGUCUCCCCCUCCUCCUGCUGGUCCUGUGCAGUCUGACUGCGGCCGAAGCUCAGCUGAGGUUGUACAACCUGCGGGCCCGCGGUCUUCCCUCUGACUUGAUGGGAAUCACCGACGGCUACGUCAAGGUGUUCUGUGGCUCUGCCAAUCUGGGUGAGACGUCCGUCAACCACAACAACGCAAACCCCUGGUGGACGGAGGAGUUCAGCCACUUCAAGGCCCAGGAGAAUGACAUCCUGCGGCUCGAGGUGCACGACGAAGACACCUUCUUCGACGACCUGCUGGGAGUCUGCCAGCGUCAAAUCAAAGUGGGCACCCAUGAGCACGACUGCUACCUGAAGGAGGGCGGCACCCUCCAUUACAUGUACACCCUCAGCGUGUAGAAAUGUAUCAUGUGUAGAUACAUCUGACCUUAAGUCUUUACAUGCAACCUGCAUCUGUCAGACUGGCUCUGAGGAAUGUAUGAUACUCACUCACACUCAAUAACUCCGUCAUUUACCUUUAUUCUGGUGCCUGUGUCCCACUUUAUCACUGGCUAUUAUUUUACCGCCUUUUCCAAGGUUGACAAUGAAAAAUAAACCGUGCUGCAACAACCAAA